UUAUACAUUGGUGAGCUCGGACACUGCUGCGAGCCCAUCGUGUUGAUCGUAACACGGCAUGGCUUUUACAUGAGGACUAGGAAGGGAGGCUUUUGAAACUCGAAGAGCACCAUUCGAUCUGUUAUUGGUAGCAACGGUUUUGCAUACCAAGGGGGAAGGCUUAUGGUUGAUCCUAUCACGAUCUAUGUUGCUUGGGUUGGCCCCUGGUCGGAGCACUCCAAAGAAGCCGUUCGCAGCGCCGUCAUAUCUCUGUCCGACGACCGGCCUUCUGAAUUCCCAACACUGUCGAAGUGGUGGAGAAUUGUGACACAGUACAACGACUCCAGUCAGAGGCCAGUUUCCGGUAACAUUUCCUUGUCGAGAAUCGAGUGUUCUGUUAGUGUCGGCAACGCCUCCAUACAGUUGAUGAAAUCUGCCGUCUCCAAGGACUGCUUCUCCGUGUUUCCGGAAGACGCAAAUGGGAUCUAUCACGCAGUCAUUAGCAAGGAGCUGGACAGCACAGGUGUCUACGAGUGUUCAGGACGGUAUAUAGAUGCUGGUGGAAACAGAACUUAUCUAUACACAAGGGAGCCUCGACCGGACGAGUAUUGCAACUUCUGGCGCCGUUUUGGAGGGUAUGCUGGGCCGCCAAAUGGAGACACGAGCUUGGACUCGUUAAUUAGCGCAGUUUUAGCCAGCAGCGCUGAGAGGGCUACAAACACAGAGUCCGAUGGCUGGAACGACGAUUCUGGGGAUACGGUCAGCUCCAAAUGUCCAUCGCCAACGGGGUGGGCUGAUAAAAAUGGUCCCGUGAUAGAGGAAGACGGCGUCAGCUGGAACUUGCGAGGCAUAAACGGCUCGCGGUAUAUCGUGCAGCAACUGUGGAGCCAGAAAAACAACAAUUGUGCUCUUCAGAUCAUAGAUUAUUGUCAUGAGCCGGCAGUCCUGAACAAGCCAAGAGGCCUGAUAAGCCAGGGCUUGAUUAUAAACCAUAACGUUGGUUUGCAGCCAUAUCCACCAGGUCUUGAUUGUAUGUGGUUCCUCUCUAUUCCGCACUCUAAAGUCAUUCGUAUGACUGUCAACUUCAUGGCUUUAGGCGUUAACGACAAGCUGAACUUAUACGUGUGUCCUAUAUCGAGCUUGAUACUCGGCAGAGAGGUUGAUUGUGACAUGAUAAAAUCUAUGGCUGGGACUAGUACUCAAGUAAGCCUUCCGGAUGUUGUUCACUCGAAUCUGCAGCUUGAGUUUAAGACGAGUGUCAAGCAAACACCUCUCUCCAUGGGCUGGGAAUUAGAGUAUAGAGCUGGAUUCUGCUUCGAGACCAUUACCACUACCGAUCGUUUUGGUUUCAUAUCAGAUGGAAGUCCUGAUGGAGCGCAGUACCUGGGUAUGCGUGAGUGUAGUUGGCUCUUCAAGGCAAAACCAGGCAGCAAUGUCCAUCUUCAGUUUACUCGUUUCGAUACAGUGCAAGGGAAAGACUUGCUUACUGUUUACCAAGGAGACGCUAAGCGCAGCGACUCUAUUUUGGAGGUCUUUUCGGGACGUUAUUCCGUUCUUCCAAACCGGACUUACGUUGGACCUCUACUGUUGGUGUUUUCAACGGAAACUGACGACGGUGAUGGCUGGGCUGCAAACUUCCAGAUGGAGCACCCGGAUUCAGGUUCACACGGUCCAUCUUCCAGGAAAAACUUACUGGCCGUAAUACUUGGAGCGCUCUCGGGAAUGCUGUGUUUGAUUGGCGGGGUCUGGUUGAUAUUGCGCUCGUGCAAGUACAACAUUGGUUUCAGCCUGACUAGCAGACAGUUUUCAAGAGCAGAGCUGGAUGCUGCGACCAGCAACUUCUGCAAAGAAAAGCUGGUUGCACCGGAUAUGUUCAGAGGAGUUUUGCCCAACCAGCAGCUCGUUCUGAUACAACGGUGCAUGCGUUCGUGCGAGAAGGAAUUCGAGCUUUUGUCAAGGAUCAAGCAUUCCAACGUGGCCUCCGUCUUGGGUGUCUGCUACGACAUCAGCGAAAGCUUCCUCAUUUUCAAAGACAUGUGCCACAGCUCCGUCUUCAGCCAUCUCUUUGACGACGACAAGUGCUCGGCUCUUUCGUGGGAACGCAGGGUGAAAGUUGCUACGCAAGUCGCGAGAGCUCUGGGAUACUUGCAUACGUUUGCGGAGCCUUGCGUGGUUCACCGGUCAGUGAGCUCCAUCAACGUCUACCUGGACGGUUCCUGGAAUGCCAAGCUCGCGGGAUUCGGCAGCGCUUUGAGUGUACGUUCCAGGAGCCAGGAACUCAAGCUGAAAGCCGAAGACGUUUACAGGGUGGGAGUUUUUAUCUUGGAGCUGCUCAUGGGACAGAGUGCUUUGAACGCAGAAGAGGACCAGCCAACAGUCGUUGCCCGCUGGGCUGUUCAUGUUAUCGACACAGGGUCCGGCUACGAAAUUUUGGACAGGAGGUUGGAGGUGCCAUGCGAACGAGAAAGAAGUGCGCGAGCUUUGCUGAAAAUGGCGGAGAUAGGUGCCUGGUGUAUGAAGGACAAGCCGGAGGACAGACCGAACAUGAUGGAGGUGGCGGCGGUGUUGGCGCAGGUGGAAACUAUUUUCUUUGGUCAAUCCAAGCGGCAUAGUAAGCGUCCAGGCUGAAUCUACUCGAGGACAAAGCUCACUCGAGGAUUAAAGCUAUUGUUUUGGACGAUCUUGCAAAGUCGCUGCCAGUCUGUCGAUUA